AUGAUGCGCGAUAUCGCCAAUAAUGAGUACUUGGAAUAUGGCACUCAUGAACAAGCCAUGUACGGUACCAAGCUUGACACCAUUCGGCAAAUUCACGCCGCGGGUCUUAUUGCCAUUCUUGAUGUGGAACCGCAAGCACUUAAGCUGCUAAGGACGGCAGAAUUUGCCCCAUGGGUUGUCUUUAUCGCUUCUCCUGAUCUCAACACCUUGAUGACAGAUAUUAAUUGUCCAAACGUAAGCAUUAUUUUUCUCUGAUGUACUUUUUAACAUUAAUGUGGCUUACCCCCGAUAUAGGAAUUUCUGGUAAAAGAAAGAUCUUUUUCCUUGCCAUACGGUAGACUGCUACUAGCAAAACAGGAGUAUUCAUAAUAAUGCUCAUCAACGUUACUAUAUUAGACGUUUGUAAGCUUUUUGGCUUAUGCAAUAGAGAAAAGUUUUUGAAGUCUUCGCAGAACACUACAUCAUCAAAGGACAAGGAUUCUGCUAAUUUAAACAUUUAUGACUAUGCGAGACGAGAAAUGGAUUCUAAUUUAAGACGAACCAUUAUGAAAUAAACGCCCUGCUAUAAAGCUAAUCAGUCUGGAUCCAGGAGGAUAGAAGUCUAAAAGCAACUGUGUUGUGGACUUUUCUAACGGAAAAGCAUGUAUUUUGAAUCCUUCUCAAUUUUUAGUUCGAUAAUAUUCAUCGCCACCUACUGACAUAGUGAAUUUCUUACCUGGAGUUUUUUCUGGCCAGUUGCUAAAGUUUAUAUCCUUUAAUAACUAGGCACUUGACGCUUAAAUUAUAAAAAAUAAUAUGAAUUAACAUGACGAAAUAUUUUGCAGGUCACUCGGGUAAUUAAGGAGUAGGCUAAACAUAUUUGCUAACAAGCUGGAUUUCUUAUCCAAAUGUUGACAUAAACCGGAGUUGCGUGUUCAGUUUCUCCAGACAACUCCCGAAAUUUUGCUUCAGUAAUUAUCUCCACAUAUGUUUUAGGCAUUUGUUUAGAUCUUUGACUUUUUAUUACUUUUAAGUCACGUGUAGUUUAUAUGGACACCUUACAUCAAAAUAUCUGUAUAUUUUUUAUUUAGACGUGGUAAUCUUAUUUGAAAAUCUACAUCUUUGUGCAACGGAGGGAGGGUGUUUGUUUUAAAAACACAUCGUGUAGAUUUCUAAAUACCUUUUGAUUAAAUUCUCAUCCUUCUAAAAUGCAUCAGCUGUUUCAAUGUGAGAAAUUCUCUCGUCGUAUCUUUUUCAAUCAAAUAAUAGAUCGGCACUAGUCCAAGUAUCCAUGAACUGACCUAUGUGCAUAUAUAUCAGGCAUCUAGGUGAGUAGCCCACAGAUUACGUGCACCACAUGUUGCUCCACUGCACACAAUUAAAGUGUCUAGAUUACGUGUGCCAUGUUAACCUAAUAUCAUUAUACUUUCAAGAUUUCUGUGUACGCAAACAGUACAACUGCAAUUUGAUUUUAAUUUUCUUUAGAAUUCAUGUAUUGCCCUUUAACUGCAUAUUUUAUACAGACACAUCUGCGACUGUUUCUGAUAGUGGGUUCAAGUGAGAAUUCGAACGUCAUGUCAGUAAACAUUUUGUUCCACUGUUCCAGUCAUUUUCUCCUUUCAAGAUAUAAUUUUAUAGUAAUCCCGAACAGUAAUACGACUAGCUUUGAUUUUUGAUCACGAAUUUGCAGUGUUUGCUCAGUUUUCCUUUUAAGUACUCGCCAGAUUACGUUAAUUUAGUUUUGUAUUCUGCGUGAUUUAUGAUCGGGUGUGGAAUUUCUGUACCAAUAGCGACACGGGGGUCGCAGUUUUUUAAAGCAUGUGCAUCUUUUUGAAAGUAUCUCAGUUAAAGCAUCAAUAAUACAGUCAUUAUCUGCGGCUACUGCCCCUAGGCCUUUCAUAUACUCAGCUUCGUUUCGCUUUGUUCAUUGCAGGACGGAAGUCUUGAAAGAUUGGCCCGUGAAAGUCAACUUUUGGAACAGCACUUCCGACAUUUAUUCGACCUGAAGAUCGUUAAUAAUGAUAUGGAAGACACUAUC